AAUAAUAAAUGGAAUGAGGCCAAGAAUAAUACCGGGAACUCCUUUAAAAUAUAAAGAACUAAUGGAACAAUAUGAAAUAAAAUCUUUAUAUAGAUCAUAUCUUAUUAAUGAAAAUGAAGAACAACAGACAAAUAACAUUACAAGCAUAGACAACUUUCAAUUAAAUACAAAUUUUAGUAUUAGUUCUACUAACUCUAUUAACUCCUUUUUUAGAAAUUCUAGUAGCAGAGUUUAUUAUUUUAAAGAUUUGCCUGAACCAAGAAAUGCAACAAAAGCUUAUCAUAGUAUACAAUUUGACUUUGAUUUACAAGAUGGCAUGAUUACAGUAAAAGACGAAUCUAAUAAAAGAAUUUAUUUUAAUGAAGGACAAGAUGAUUUAACUAUUAACCCUAAAAAAAUAAAGUUAGAUAAUAAUGAUAAAGAUGAUGAUGAUCCCAAUUUUCAUUCAGAAGAACAGGCUGAAUUAAAAGUUUCUGACUGUAAGAUGGAUCUUAAUUAUCUUUUAAAUUAAAUUUUAUUAUUAGUUAUUUAGAAUUAUUUA